AUGAAUUUAAGUGGCGGAUUAAUCAAUUAUCACAAAUGCAAUAUCGAAAUCUUGCCCAAGGACGCAAAAACAUUGAGAAUAAAGAAACGAAAUAGCUGUGACACUGAAAUUGAAGAACAUAUUAUAGUUAUACCUCCAUAUAUGUUUGAAUAUGAGUCAUUUUGUAAAUUAAGGUGGAGAGACAGAACUUUAAGAGAUCUGUUUUCCAAUGAGUUCAGAACUAGGCCAAUAGAAGAAUACCAGAAGUUAAUUGACCAAGGAAGAUUAAUUGUAAAUAAUGUACCAGUCAAUUCGCUAGACUAUAUUGUUCGUAAUGGGGACAGAAUUCAACAUAGAUCACUAUUUAUAGAACUUCCUGUCGGCAUAGAUAAAGUUAAAAUAUUGUAUGAGUCUCCUAAUAUCUUAGCAGUUUUUAAGCCUUGCGGUAUUCCAUGCCAUCCACAGGGAAGGUUUAAUAAACUCUCACUGACAAAAAUAAUUCAAUCGGAAUAUCUUUCAAAAAUAAAUGCUAAUAACACUUAUAUUCACCCUAUAAAUAGACUUGAUAGAGUUACAUCUGGUCUCGUACUACUCAGCAAAAAUUCUCUAACGACUAAGAAUUUAUCUUCAAGAGUCCAAUUUGCACACAAAUAUUAUAUAGCUAUGAUAAAUGGGAAUGCUUCCAAUUUCAUUUCAUAUAUUUCACAAAAUGACAUUGAGGGUGUAAGCAUUAGGAAAUUAUUUCCAGAAGAAUCAUAUGGGAUUACAGAACAUGUAAUUAAAUGUGAGAUUGGACUAAAAACUUUGAAAAAUAGAGAAGGCGAGUCAUUAUUAACAAGAAUUGAUAAUUCAGAAGAUGGGAAGUACUCACUGACAUAUUUUUUUCCUUUAAAUUUGGGUUCUAACAUAAAUCAACUCAAAAAACAGAAAACAAAUCAAUUUGGUGAAUAUACUAUUUUACUAUGCAAACCAAUUACUGGAAGAACACAUCAAAUAAGAGCUCACUUGAAGUAUAUCGGCUUCCCUAUUGUUCAAGAUAUUCUUUACAAUAAUGAAAUUUUUUCAAAAAAUAAAUCAAAUAUUUCAAGUUUCGAGUACUCAAACUCUAAUUUAUUUGCUAGCUGUGAAUAUGAAAUAAAAGAUUUAGAUAUUAAAGAACUCUUAGAAUGCUCUAAACAAAAAAAAUAUUUUGCUGGAGGAGGUACUAUGUCACUGAAUUUUUCAAAUAAUCUUGCAUCUGUUGAAUAUUUAAUUGAACCUCCGAUAGGAAUAUGCCUUCAUUCGUUAUUAUAUAUCUUACCACCCAGCUUACCCACUGAAAAAUACUUAAUUUUUAAAUGUGAAAUAUUACCCAAGUGGAUAACUGACAAUUCAAAUAUAAACAUUCCAGAGAUACUGAAAGAUUGGCCUUAUUGGAGUAAAUCAGUAUUAAACGACUUAAAACUUACUCAAUCUAGUUUAUUAUAA